AAAAAAGAAAAAAGAAAAAGAACAGAGAAAACGAAAAAAAGGAACGAAGUUCAUUGAUUCUUUCUGAUAGUCUGUAGUACUGGAAGGGGAAGGGGUUUUGAUUAGGGUUUUUUCACCCCUAAAAUCUCACUUGUCGAUACGAAGAUUAGGGUUUUAUUCAAUCCACAGAGUCGUUUCUGUUGUAAUUUCUGAUUGGUUUCAUUCAUUUCGUCUAAAGAAGAAGAAGCAGCUGCAACAAUGGGUGCUCAGAAGAAAGGUGCAUCCAGGGUAUCAGAGGAUCCUGACGAAUUGACACGUGUCCCCUUGCAGGCCAUUCUUCUUGCUGAUAGUUUUGCUACCACUUUCAGACCUAUCACCCUUGAACGCCCCAAGGUACUUUUACCAUUAGUAAAUGUCCCAAUGAUCAAUUACACGUUAGCGUGGCUUGAAUCAGCUGGUGUUGAGGAAGUCUUUGUUUUCUGCUGUGCUCAUUCCAAGCAAGUGAUUCAUUACUUGGAGAGUACUGAAUGGUUCUCCCAACCAAAUUUCUCAGUCCAAACAAUAGAGUCACACAACUCAGUUAGUGCUGGAGACGCUUUGCGGUUCGUAUAUGAGCGCAAUGUGAUACAUGGAGAUUUUGUCUUAAUUAGUGGAGAUACUGUGAGCAACAUGUCGCUUACUCAGGCACUUCAAGAACAUAAGGAUAGAAAGAAAAAAGAUAGUAACGCUGUAAUGACAAUGGUGAUCAAACGGUCAAAGCCUUCUGUGAUCACUCGUCAAUCCCGACUUGGUACUGAUGAACUUUUUAUGGCAAUAGAUCCUAGUACAAAGCAGCUAUUAUAUUAUGAGGACAAGUCGGACAAUUUAAAAGGAGUUAUGUAUUUGGAUAAAUUGUUGCUUGCUGAUAAUACUUCACUUUCACUGCACAAUGACAAACAGGAUUGCUAUAUUGAUAUAUGUUCUCCAGAGGUCCUCAGUCUUUUCACGGACAAUUUUGAUUAUCAACAUUUACGACGUCAUUUUGUUAAGGGCUUGCUUCUUGAUGAUAUUAUGGGGUACAAAAUUUUCACACAUGAAAUUCAUUCGAGUUAUGCGGCUAGGAUUGACAACUUUCGGAGCUAUGAUACUGUCAGUAAAGAUAUAAUUCAGCGCUGGACUUACCCAUUGGUCCCUGAUGUUAUGUUCUUUGGAAGCUCUGUAACUAAAUUAGAAAGACAAGUAAUGUAUCGAGCAUCAGGGCAAUCAUGUUCUGCGCAUAUCGAUCCAUUUUCUGUUAUUGGAGAGGGCACUAAAGUUGGGAACAACACCAGUAUUUCACAUUCAGUUAUUGGGAAAGGGUGCACUAUAGGAUCCAAUAUUUCUAUAGAAGGUUCCUAUGUGUGGGAUAAUGUUAUUAUUGAAGAUGGCUGCAAGCUAAGCCAUGCCAUAGUAUGUGAUGGAGUGGUAAUGAAAUCUGGAUCCGUCUUGGAACCAGGUGUAGUCCUGUCAUUUAAGGUUGUAAUUGGACCACAAUUUGUUGUUCCUUCAUACUCAAAAGUAUCGUUAUUUCAACAGCCUACUACGCUAGACAGUGAUGAAGAGCUGGAAUAUGCUGACAGUGGCAUUGUUGAAGCUCCAUCAGUUGAUGGUCCUAUGGAUAAUUCAAAUGGGGAAAUAACAUCUGAAAUAAAGACUGAGCGCUGGCCUACUUCGCAACUUGGUGCUGGAGGAGUUGGUUAUAUUUGGUCAUUAAGUGAUGGAGGACAUGAUGAAGAAUGGAGGCAUUCAGUUGCGCCCAUUACUGCUGAAAAACUUGCUGAAUUAACUGAUGCUAUGGAUGAUGAUUUAGAAUUAGCUCCAGAUGGCAGUAUUCUCCCACCUUCUGGAGAUCUGAAACUUGAUUCUAAUGAUUCGGAAGAUGAUGAUAACAAUGUCUUUAGGGAUGAUUCGAUUGAUUUUGAGAAAGAGGUUGAAGCGACAUUUUUAAGAGCUGUACAUGAAAAUAUUAAAGUAGACAAUGUAAUCUUAGAAAUCAAUUCACUUAGGUUGUCAUACAACAAGGUAACUGCGGACUGUGCUGGAGCUCUCUUUUAUUCUGUAAUGAAAUUGGCACAAGAGUCUAAACCUAAUACAGCUAGUGAAUUGCUUCAACAUAUUUGUAAUGUAAUUACAAGGUGGAAGAAACUUCUGAAGUAUUACCUAGCAGAUAUAGAUGAAGAGAUUGAGGUAAUACUAAGAUUUGAAGAAAUGUGUUUGGAGUCUGCUAAAGAAUUCUCCCCCUUAUUCACUAAGAUAUUAUGCCAUUUGUAUGACCAAGAAAUUAUACAAGAAGAUGCUAUUCUAAGGUGGGAUGAUGAAAAGAGAGAUGCGGAUGAGUCGGAUAAAGUUUUCGUAAAGCAGGCCGAAAAAUUCAUUCAAGUAAGCUUUAUUCUUUUCUCUUUGCAGCCAUUCUUUUUCCUAGAAUCGGAUUUAUGUUUAAUUCUUCAUUUUUAUUUCUUUGUAUGGUGCAACUGUUUUAAGUUUUUCCUUAAAUUUUGCUUCUUUGGAACAUAAAGACAUGGACAAAUUUUUAAAAUCAUGCAUGCACAUUUUGAAAAUGGGGAAAAAUAAAUGUGGGUCAAAAUGAUUCUCUUAUAGCUGUCAUAAGAUAGUGGUUACCAUACAAAUAUCUUUUAGGCUUAAAACUAUUCCCGGUCAUGUCCAAGUAUUAAGCAUCUAAAUUGAUGGCAUACAGCAUAUGCUUUGUUGACCAUGGACUGUUUCUUGUUUAACAUUAUAGUUCAUGUUUUUGUAUUUAUUUUUAGUGGUUGAGAGAGGCACCGGAAGAGGACGACGAUGAAGAGGAGGAAGGGGAUGAGUGAGUCGUAGGGGGGUUUAUCGUGGUGACUCCUAUUCUUUCGAUGGAGGAUAUCAGUCAAGACAUGUUGAUGUACAAUUUCUUACAGUGGUAAUAUUGUACAAAAGAAAAAUUGCUUACUUUGUCAAAUGGGGCUCCUCUUAAAAUCUAGAAAAAUUCGGUGGUGAUCCAUGUAAAAAGGAAAUCUCAAAUUUCUUGCAUCUAUCAAUUUUGCUCGAUUUUGUUCUUUUUAUAAUAAAAUUUUGUUGUUUUUGAAA